UCACGGGAGAGCGUCCCCGUGGCCAUCGCCGCCCAGACAGCAGCUGCGGCUCCACGCACUGGCUCCUCGGCCGAGGGCUCGGCCUGACGCGGGCCCAGGCGGUGCGGACUGCGGCCUGGGAGACGCUGCCCCUCCUCCCCGGGGGCCUGGAGGCUGCCUGCCGUUCGCAGGGAGGAUGCAGCCGGCAAGCAUGGAGUUCAGCGCCCCGGCCGGGCUCGAGCCGCAGCGAGGUGACUCAUCGGAGGAAGUGGACCUGAGCCUGGUGUACCAGGCGGCAUCCAGCGGCGACGUCCGUGCGCUGACCACCCUGAUCCGGGAGGACCCCUCCGUCCUGGAGAGCCGCGACACCGAAGGGUGCACACCCCUGAUGCACGCGGUGUCCGGGCGGCAGGUGGACACGGCGAAGCUGCUGCUGAAGAUGGGGGCCAACGUCAACAGCCAGGACGCCGAGGGCCGCACCAGCCUGUGCUUGGCCGCCUACCUGGGCUGGCUGGAGGGCUGCGUGACUCUGCUCCGUAACGGCGCCAAGCACGGCAUCGCGGACAAGAGCGGCCGCCUGCCCCUGCACGCCGCCACGGCUGCGCCCGACGUGAGGCUGCUGACGGUGCUGGUGCAGCAGUGCGACCGCAGCGAGGUCAACCACCAGGACAGCGAGGGAAUGACCCCCCUCCACUGGGCGGCCUUCCACAACCAGCCUCAGCACACCCAGGUCCUGCUGAGACGGGGGGCCGACCCCACCCUGGUGGACAAGGACUUCAAGACGGCUCUGCACUGGGCGGUGCAGAGCGGGAACAGGCUGCUGUGCUCCAUCAUCCUGAGCCACCACCAGGGCCCAUCCAUCAUCAACUGUGACGACGAGAGCGGGAAGACCUGCGUGCACAUGGCCGCGGCCGCCGGCUUCAGCGACAUCAUCACCGAACUGGCCCGCGUCCCCGAGUGCAACCUGCAGGCUCUGGACGUGGACGACAGGACACCCCUGCACUGGGCGGCGGCGGCCGGGCAGGCGGAGUGCGUGCGGUCCCUGCUGGACCUGGGCGUGGACAGCAGCCUGCGGGACGUCAACGAGAGCGCGCCCCUGGCCUACGCGCUGCACUGCGGCCACGCGGCCUGCGUGCGGCUCCUCUCCCGCGGCGGGGCCAGAGCCGGCCCGGGCCCUGCCCGCCCCCAGCGGCCGGCCCCCGUGGAAGGAGGGCCGAGGCCACGUGCUCCGUCAGAUCUGGGGCCGAGGCCGGAAGGAGGAGCAGCGGGCCGCCCCGGAGGACCCCGGGGAGCUCACCUCGGGCGUCGACGACAUCAUCGCCACCUUCGACAGCAGCGCGGAGACCGGCUGCCAAGAGCAGGUGCCCAGUGCGGACUCGAACCAGAGGCGCUCAGGGGGCUCCAAGCACCUCCCGCCCGAGCACAGGCCGCCAGCCCGGCAGGGGCUCCCGCCGCUCAGAGCGCAGAGCCUCCCGCCCCUGGUGCCGGGCAGCCACCUGCGGACGGCCUCCCAGGGGGCUGCUGCCCACGCCGGCCCGGGCCCCAGGGCUCAGCAAAGCUGCAGCGAGCAGGACUCACUGGGCCACAGGCCCGGCGGCCAGGCACUGCCCGACCCUUGGAGAGGCGACUCCGGCCAGGGGCUCCCCAGGGCGUGGCCGGGGCCCCCCACCGAGAAGCUGCUGAGCAGGUUGCUCCCCGGCAGGUCCCGGCACCAGGAAGUCCCGGGGCCUCCACACCUGCCGCAGCUGCAAACACCGCCAGCAGGACCAAGUCUCCCGCAUCUCUCCCCAAACAGACCCGCGAUCAGGGACUUGCCCUUCACCCGGAGCAGCCUGGCCCCCCUGGCCGACCAGAAAUUUCUGUCUGGAGAGCCGCUGCGGACGCCCCGCGUGCUCCCCGCCAUCCCCAGCCAGCGGGGCCACGGGGCCGCGGAGGAGGGCGAGCCCCCCGGCCAGGAGCGCUGACCCGGACCACGCCUGUCGGUCACCCGGAGGCCGGGCCGCUCGGUUUGUGGGAAGAGACUGGUUCCGUGACUCUCGCUCUAAGCCAUUCUCCGCUCUAUCAUCAGCGGCCUCACCCCAAAGACGGCGUUUCCCGGGAGCAGAGCGCCUGGCGUGCCUGCGGGCGAGGCCGUGAGCGUGUGUGAGUGUGAGUGACGCCCACGCGUGGUCUCGGCAGGGGGCGCGGCUGCCGGGCGGCUUCGUGCCACGCGGGCUGAUGUGCUGCUUGCGAACGGCUUGCUGGCGUGUUUGGUGACGUGAGCUUUGCUGAAUAAACAACGAGGCUCCUUCCGCCGUCGUCCUUCGCAUCUGUCGUCGUCUUCCUGGUGCCGACGACGGCUAAUGAGCAGCGAAGCGGUCAGGCCUCCCGUCGGCUCAUGGCUCACACGCAGUGUUCUGCACAUGCGUGUCCAGCCGCGUCCGUCCGGCCGCAGCCCGAACCUCUGGGCGGUGAUUCCGGGCCUUCUGUGUCCU